AUGUCGGAAACUCCGUUAUAUACACCACCUCCCGGCAAUCGGACUGCCUUGGACGACUUUAAGUCCAAUGUGAAUAGGAGCCAUGGACUACAACUGCAAACCUACGAGGACUUGCAUGCAUUCUCCAUUAAUCGACUGAAUGACUUCUGGAUGGCAAUAUGGCGGUUCUUGGACAUAAAAGCUUCUGUCCAUCCUCAAAAAGCUGUGAACGAGAAUAUCCCCAUCGACCAGUUUCCCCUGUUCUUCGAGGAAGCCAGACUCAACUUUGCAGAGAAUAUGCUGUGUGGCGACGACGAUCAGGUUGCUGUUAUCGAUGUUAAUGAGCACAACUUGCGGAAUCCUCGGCGUUAUACGUGGCGAGAGCUCAGAGCCCUGGUGCACACCUAUGCGAACGGGCUCCGCCGUUCUGGCGUUGUUAGUGGGGAUGUUGUUGCUUUGAUUGGAAGCAACUGCGCGAGGUCGUUGGCUUUGCUUCUUGCUACGGCAGCUGUGGGCGGCAUAUUUGCGUCCUUCGCAACUGAUAUUGGGGACAAGGCACUCAACGACCGACUCAGCCAGAUCGGGCCCCGUGUGGUAUUCGCCGAAUCAAGCUAUUCAUAUAAUGGAAAACGCAUCGACAUCACGGCAAAGGUUGAUGGCUGGACAAACAAAGCCUAUAGGCCGUUGAAACUGGUCGUGAUAGGAGACACGGCGGGCUUCAAGACAAAGUGCGAGAACUUUGAGACUUUCAUCAACGGCAGCCCUCUUCAAACACCGUUGAAGUUUGAGCAAGUCCCAUUCAAUACGCCACUGGUCAUCAUGUUUUCUUCGGGAACGACAGGAGUCCCUAAGGGCAUCGUACAUUCUCAUGGGGGUUUGCUUUUAAAUGGCUUCAAGGAGCACCGCCUCCACAAUGGAUUCGGACAGCAGGAUAUCCACUUUCAUUUCAGCGGUAUUGGAUGGACAUUAUGGAAUAUAUCGAUCGGCGCACUCUUCUGCAGAUCUGCACUAGUCUUGUACGACGGAUCACCUUUUUAUCCGUCUCCGGAAGAGUUCCUCCGAUGUGUUCUGGCCACAGGAGUCACCGGCUUUGGCGCUGGCCCGCGUUAUUUUGCCGAGCUACAGAAGAGAAACGUGAAACCCAGAAAAUACGCCCAAAAAGUUCACACAGUCCUCUCUACUGGCGCAGUGCUAACACCAAGUCUAUCAUCGUGGCUAGGAGAAGCCUUCGGUCCAGUGUGCCAGAUCCAAUUUUCCGGCGGCACCGAGCUGUGCGGCUCCUUCAUUCAUGGAACGCGCUCUCUCCCUUCGUAUCCUGGGGAGAUAGCUGUGAAGGCAUUGGGCAUGGAUGUUGCUGCAUAUUCCCCCGACGGCGUCGAAGUGCCCGAUGGAGAGAGCGGCGAGCUAGUCUGCAGGAAGCCAUUCCCAAACAUGCCAGUCAUGUUCUGGAACGAUCCUGGGAAGAAGCGCUACCACAGCACGUACUUCGACAUGUUUCCUCAUGUCUGGACACAUGGAGAUUUCAUCAAGGUUAACCCAGUGACAAAGGGGACCUAUGUGCUGGGAAGGAGUGAUGGCACGCUGAAUCCGUCUGGCGUCCGCUUCGGCAGUUCAGAAAUCUACAAUAUCCUGUCUUCGGAUCGCUUCACAUCUUCGAUAGCUGACUCGUUGGUCGUCGGCCAACAACGCCGUGCCGCGCCGUACUCAGAUACGACCGAGCGUGUCCUGCUCUUCAUCAAAUGCCGCGAAGGCGAGUCUUCCAAUCGUCUCCUUCCCAAAAGGGACCUGGAAGCCCGGAUCCGGGAGCAGAUCGCCAAGGAUCUCAGCAGAAGACACGUCCCGGCUCAUAUCUUCGAGGUCAACGAGAUUCCCUACAAUGCCAAUGGGAAAAAGAUGGAGAUUCAGGUCAAGGCGGUGGUGAAUGGUGGCGCGCAGGCGAGGACGAAGCAGAGAGUCAGUCCGCAAGAGCUGUCGAUGCUUGAACAGUUCGAACCGUUCUUUCACCUCGAGAAGCUGCUUAAGAAGCUCGACGGAACUGCCUCGAAACUGUAA